AAUACGGAGACUGCAGGAGGAGGGGGCGAGAGAUCGAAUAGAUCGGCAAUCGUCUCAGGGGCUGGAUGUAAACACAAAGCUGGGAAUGCUGCUGAGCCCUGAGAGAUUGUGUGAGAUCACCAGCAGUCACGUGAUCUCGCCGCGCGUGGGCCCUUCCACGCUACAAGCCGGUCUAUUAUUACUGAGGCAGUAUGUCUGGAAUAAAAAGAACGAUUGAAGAUAAGGACCCAGAUUAUGAAGACAUUUCAGUCGUGCACCAGAAUAAGCGAUACAAGGCAAACGAGACCUCAGCUCGCGAUGCUGCAAUCUUGAAGAUAGAGUCCAUCGUUAAGGACCAGUUUGCUCUUGAGAUGAAGAACAAAGAACAUGAAAUUGAAAUUAUAGAUCAGCGCUUGAAUGAAGCUAGACGUAUGAUGGAUAAACUUCGAGCAUACAUUGUGGCCAAUUAUUAUGCAUCCGCCGGGUUCAGCAAAGGCCAGGAGGGAACUUCCACAUGCGAUCCUACAAUUCUAAACCAUCCAGCUAUAAAGAAGUUUUUGGAAUCUCCUUCCCGGGCGUCAUCUCCUGCAAAUCACCGCUCAGACACCCCUUCUGCCAAUAAUUCAGAGACUGACUCUGUCUGUGCUCACAAUGAAUUAUUGGACAAAGACUGCCACACUCCUGCCAAAUCCGUGCUCACAGGGACGGCAGCCACAGAUGAAAAACUUGGGAAGGAUUUUGUGACGACUGAAAAUCUAGAUAACAAAUCUUCAGGGUUCAUGAGAUCUGAAGACACAUCUCGGCGUUUUGUGAAGAAAACUAUUGUGGUUGGAAAUGUCUCAAAGUACAUUCCUCCAGACAAGAGAGAGGAAAAUGAUCAGUCUACUCACAAGUGGAUGGUUUAUGUGCGGGGCUCUAGAAAGGAACCAAGCAUUAAUCACUUUGUGAAAAAGGUCUGGUUCUUUCUCCACCCGAGCUACAAGCCCAAUGACCUAGUGGAGGUCAGGGAGCCUCCUUUCCACCUGACGCGCAGAGGUUGGGGUGAGUUUCCCGUAAGAGUGCAGAUUCACUUUAAGGACAGCCAAAACAAGCGGAUUGAUAUUAUACAUAACUUGAAGUUGGACAGAACUUAUACUGGCUUGCAAACUCUGGGCGCCGAGACGGUUGUGGAAGUUGAACUUCUCAGACAUUCCCUUGGGGAGGAAUUUCUCUACUCCCAAUCUUCCAAUGAAUCUAGUCAAUCUGAGGGGGGCACAUCUGGACCAGCCAUUGUUAAGUUAUCGUCUCCAGUAAAAGCUGGUAAUGAAUUAACAGACAAAGGUUUUAGCAUGACUUCAGAACCCACAUUUUGCCCUCAGCCCUCAUCACUUGAGCGUACACCUACAAAAAUGACCCAGAGAUUUACUAUUGGACCCCAUGGCAGCACCGCUUUCCAGCCUAUCACUACCAGCUGCAAGAUUGUCCCCCAAGGCCAGGCAGCGAGCUUUGCUGAAUCCCCUGGGAAAUCUUUCCAGCCAAUCACAAUGAGCUGCAAAAUUGUGUCUGGUAGCCCUACAAGCAAGCACUCAAGUAUAUCCCAGGCUGGAACCCGCUCCCCGCUGCCCAAGAUACAUGGUAGCAGUUUCAUAACUCAAAAUAUAAAGCAGGAGGAGUCUCUGUUUGCAGCAAUGCCUCCACUUUGUCCUAUUGGAAGUCAUUCCAAAUCCCAGAGCCCAAAAGCUAUGUCAGGAGGACUUGGCGCAUUCACAAAGGUGAUCAUAAAACAGGAGCCUGUGGAAGGUUCUCAGCAACAACCAGAAACUCCUUCAACAUCGCAGCCAUCUUUCCAGCAAAUUGUCACCGUGAAGAGCAACCAAAUGAUUGCAGUGUCCCCCCAGAAGAGCGUAAAUGCUGCUGAGAGCGCUAAGGUUGUUGGAGUUCCUGUUGGAUCUACAGUCCAACCAUCCAUAAAACCUUCUGUAACUAUUAGUGGUGGCCAGAUCCUUGUUACCAAAUCCAGCUCUUCAGCUGCCAAAGCAGUGGGGGCGAAGACGAUGGUUGCUCAAGGUGUGGCAAAAGCCGUAGUAAGCAGUGGAAGUGCGAGUGUGUUACCACAGUCCUCCCAGAGCUUAUCCAAAGCACCAGUUGCAUCUGCUAUAACAACUAAAACGGGAUCCCAAGGCUCUGUUAUGGCAACUCUUCAGCUACCAUCAACAAAUCUAGGUAACCUGGCAAAUCUACCUCCUGGCACCAAACUAUACCUCACUACCAACAGCAAAAGUACAUCCGGCAAAGGAAAACUGCUGCUUAUACCCCAAGGAGCGAUACUGAGGGCUGCAAGUACUGCCAAUCUCCAAUCAGGAGUGUCCACAAGUGGGAGCUCUAGUGCAGCAAGUACUACUACUGGGCUGCCCCAACACCUCACCUACACAUCCUAUAUUCUGAAACAGACUCCACAGGGCACAUUUUUAGUUGGACAGCCAUCCCCACAGACAUCUGGGAAACAAGCCACCACAAACGUGGCAGCUCAGGGCAGUGCCGGAGCCACUGCACAGGGACAGCAAACGUUGAAAGUAACUGCAGGACAGAAAAGUGCUAUCAUUGCACAGGUAAAGGCAAACAGCAGUUCAACUGGAUUGGUAAAACUGUCCGAGAAUGUACUGAAGUCAUUACCAGCGACAUCUCAGGCACAGAAGCCUGGCACCACACUAGUAAGGGUUGCAGGUGGUGUUAUAACGGCCUCCAGUACAACUCUACCAUCUGUGCCUGCAAAUGGACCUGCUCAACAGGUGGCAGAAGGGACCAGCAUCUCUGCAUCCUCUGCUGCAUCAUCAAGUAAAGGUUAUGUCCAGCAACACACUGCUACGCCUAGCACCAGCCAUGUGAAAUCCCUGGGGAGCAGUAAAUGCAGCUCGUUAUCUGCAUCGGCCCUGUCAUCAAGAGUCACAGUGAGCCCAGCUCCUAGCAGCACUAUACUAGCAGUUAAAACUGAUCCGGAUCCCAGCAACAGUACACUGUCUGUCCACACUGGCGUUUCAUCAGUGAAGGUGGAAGAUAACUUAGGCCUGGAAUCCAGCUCUGUGAAGACAGAACAUCUGCAGAGUUUCAAGCAACUGCUCACUGCAACCGUGAAGAAGGUUCCGCUCAUAGGGGAAAGAGAUGAAGAUGGCAGCAACCCAUUCUGUGCAAGUUCACUGGAGCAGUAUUAUAGCUGGAACAUUGGCAAAAGGAGAGCGUCUGAGUGGCAACGAGCAGUGGCCAUGAAGAAAAUGCUACACGAAAUUAUAGCGAAACAGACAAAAUUUAGCAGCAUUACCCAACUGAAAACCAAAGAAAUUGUACAUUGGUGCCGUAUUCACGGUUAUACACCCCCUGAUCCUGAGAGUGCCAGCGAUGCCCGGGAGUCUAUAGAAGAUGUGCUAACUCGUAUAGACAAUGAGGCUGCUUUACCCUCCUCCUACUCCACUCCUGAGGCUCUGUGUAGAAAAGUAGAGGAAUUAGAGAAGAUCCUUAAAAAGCAGAAAGAAGUGGAUGAGGACGUGGAUAUCUUGAGCACAGAUGAAGUACAGAAACCUCUGAUCAAAAAGGAAAGCGAAGAAGGAGAUGAUAUGAAGUUUUACUUGACUCCUAACCUGUCCUGUGAGUUCAUCAGAGACUCAGCGCAGGAGAUCGGGGUUUCCUUACAGCCAAUAGAAGUUCAGAAAAAUGUGUAUGCCUCUCCAGUAGAAGAGAUGAUAUUAAAGGCCACUGAACAGCUUGUUAGUGACUUACUGAGAGAUGCUUUAGCAAUGGGAUACCAGAUGACGUCUCGCAAAAGAGCCCCAAGAGAAAUCACUAUUGCCAACAUCCAUCAGGCGAUAUGCAACAUUCCUUUGUUUGACUUCCUGACCAACAGGCAUAUGGGUGCUGUAAAUGUGGAAGAUGAAGUGCCCUUAAAAUAGAACGUAACAGACACACUACAAAACAUGGAGUGCAACUUGAAAACCAGGAGCGUGAUCAUAACCAUCAGAAUCGGACUGUUUCCUCUGUUGUAGCUAGAGAUGUACCUUCCUGUUCGUUGAUUUGUGCUAGUUGUUCUGCUGCACGCUGUCUUCUAUUUGUACUAAAACUCAGUGUAUGUAUGUACAUAUGUUUGUACACUUGAGUCAAAAUAAUAAAUGACCCAUUCCUCA